AGCACUAUGUCUGCCUGCAUGCCACCAUGACAAUAAUGGGCUAAACCUCUGAAACUACAGGCAAUAGCAACAUCUUUGAGGACUUGGUCUAAAUCAGGAGCCCAGAUGGGCUCAAAGAGACGGCUGAAUUGGUAGAUUUUUGGCUCCAUGCCCACUAAACCCCUUGUCAUGCCAGCUCCUAGCCUGUGAGGAGCAACGUUCGGUGAUGGCAAAGCAAAGGACUCCUGUGCUGGCUUCAGUGUCAUCCGAAGUUAACUGACAAGAGAAGUAGAUAGUGGAACCAUGGAAAAGAAUUCAAGUUUGUGGAAGAGCCUGGUGGGUGAACACCCAGUCUGCACUGCCUGGAAGCAAGAGGCCGAAGGUGCCAUUUACCAGCUCGCCAGUAUCUUGUUUGUAGUAGGUUUUAUGGGCGGCAGUGGCUUCUUUGGGCUCCUUUAUGUCUUCAGCUUGCUGGGGCUGGGUUUCCUGUGUUCUGCAGUGUGGGCGUGGGUAGACGUCUGUGCUGCUGACAUAUUUUCCUGGAAUUUUGUGCUGUUUGUCAUCUGCUUCAUGCAGUUUGUUCACACUGCAUAUCAAGUUCACAGCAUAACAUUUGCCCGAGAAUUCCAGGUGCUGUACAGCUCCCUGUUCAAGCCCCUGGGAAUCCCUCUGCCUGUCUUCAGAACAAUUGCUCUGAGCUCUGAAGUGGUAACUUUGGAAAAGGAGCACUGUUAUGCCAUGCAAGGGAAGACCUCCAUUGACAGACUCUCCAUGCUUGUCUCAGGAAGGAUCAGAGUGACAGUCGAUGGCGAAUUUCUGCAUUACAUCUUCCCUUUUCAGUUCCUGGAUUCUCCGGAGUGGGAUUCACUACGACCCACAGAGGAAGGCAUUUUUCAGGUAACCCUCACAGCAGAAACUGAUUGUCGGUACGUGUCUUGGAGGAGAAAAAAAUUAUACCUGCUUUUCGCUCAGCACCGCUACAUCUCCCGCCUGUUUUCCGUUUUAAUUGGCAGUGACAUUGCAGAUAAACUUUAUGCUCUGAACGACAGGGUAUAUACAGGGAAAAAACAUCACUAUGAUAUCCGGUUACCCAACUACUAUCAAAUGUCAAGUCCAGACCUGUCCAGAUCACCCGUGAUGGAACAGUUUCGGAAUUCCAGACAACAUUGUAACAAAUGACAUCAAAACCCGAAGUUGUGUGAUUACUAUGAAAAAGACUUCAUCAUUCCCCAGCCAAGUUAGCACACUGAUAUUUUUAUAACUUAAAUUCAGAGUCCAGAUGCAUUGCCAGCUGUUUGAUUCAAUUUAACUUCUGCAUUGCAAAUAAAAUUUACAAAUUUUCUUGUAUUCCUUGCUGUUAUAAUGGGAUAGGAAGGUAAAUAAUAAUGGGCAGUUUGCCGUUUUUCUGCAUCAGAACUGGGAGAAUGUGAUUUCGCAUUUUCCAACGUUUUCUCAACCAUGCCAUCUUGUCCUGUUGACCCAGGAGAAGUGGUUAGGAAACAUUCUCUACCUGAGGGCGGAUGGCCACUGUCCACAGACCCAUUUCUAGAAUCUGCUUUUUUUUUUUUUUUGCCAAUCUCUGACAAAUGUAAGUUCCACUGUUGGGUGUGGGGAACAAUUAUUUCUUUUA